UUCCAGCCAAUAUGAUCGUUGAAGACGAGCUGUCUGCUUUGGUAGUGGAUAAUGGGUCAGGGAUGUGCAAGGCAGGCUUUGGGGGUGAUGAUGCCCCUCGGGCUGUGUUUCCUUCCAUGGUAGGGCGUCCCCGACACCAGGGGGUUAUGGUAGGCAUGGGUCAGAAGGACUGCUAUGUGGGGGAUGAGGCCCAGAGCAAGAGGGGCAUUUUGACCCUGAAGUAUCCUAUUGAGCAUGGAGUUGUCACCAACUGGGAUGAUAUGGAGAAGAUCUGGUACCACACUUUCUACAAUGAGCUCCGCGUGGCACCAGACGAGCAUCCCAUCCUUCUCACUGAGGCACCCCUCAACCCCAAGAUCAACAGGGAAAAGAUGACUCAGAUCAUGUUUGAAGCCUUCAACACACCUGCCAUGUAUGUAGCUAUCCAAGCUGUGCUGUCCCUCUAUGCCUCAGGACGAACCACAGGUAUUGUGAUGGAUUCUGGGGAUGGGGUCACUCACACUGUACCCAUCUAUGAAGGUUAUGCCCUGCCUCAUGCCAUUCUACGUCUAGAUCUGGCAGGCAGAGACCUGACUGACUACCUCAUGAAGAUCCUGACAGAAAGAGGCUAUAACUUCACCACCACAGCUGAGCGGGAGAUUGUGCGGGAUGUCAAAGAGAAGUUGUGCUAUGUGGCCCUGGACUUUGAACAGGAGAUGAUCAGUGCAGCUGCAUCUUCAUCACUGGAAAGAAGCUAUGAGCUUCCUGAUGGGCAGGUGAUCACCAUUGGGAAUGAACGUUUUCGAUGCCCUGAAGCCAUUUUCCAGCCUUCCUUUCUGGGCAUUGAGUCCAGUGGGAUCCAUGAGACAACCUUCAACUCCAUCAUGAAGUGUGACGUGGAUAUUCGCAAAGACCUAUAUGCCAACACUGUGCUGUCUGGAGGCAGCACCAUGUACCCAGGUAUUGCUGACCGGAUGCAGAAGGAAAUCGUCACCCUGGCACCUAGCACCAUGAAAAUCAAGAUCAUUGCUCCGCCAGAGCGAAAGUAUUCUGUUUGGAUUGGGGGCUCCAUCCUGGCCAGCUUAUCCACAUUCCAGCAGAUGUGGAUCAGUAAGCAGGAAUAUGACGAAGCUGGUCCUCCUAUCGUUCACAGGAAAUGCUUCUGAGUGGACUUCCACGCUUGGAGGCUUAUAUUUGCCCUUUUGCUAGGACAGCCUUUUUCUAGGCUCUCAUCCACUAGGAUUAAGGUAAAUAGCCCACUCUUCUUAGCAUAAAAGCCAGUAAAUCUAUCUUUCCACCCAAAUACCCUGGACUUUGCUCCAGCUAAUCACAUCAUGAUCU